AGUCCAUCGUGAGGUGUUCAGAGAGAAACACACGAAAGCUCUGCAAAGCUAUAUUUUUUAUGUAUACCUUAAAGACCAUUGGCAUAUUGUCUUGGACGAAAGUAAACCACCGUGAAAUUUUAUGUAAAUUUAGUGCUGUGUUGAAAGAGAUUUAAAAAAAAACUGAAGAGUUUAUUCAGUAUAGAGCUCCAUUUAAAUGCACGCGAUUUAACUGAAGAAAAUUGAUCUGAUAGAGGUGAUAAAACUACUUUGAAAAUGAGACGAAAAUUGAAAAAGAAAGCCCAUUUUGUCGACGGUAGCAAUUUCUUCCGUAACAAAUCCACAUCCGAGCCGGACUUGUCGGACUCAUCUCCGCCUCAGACAUCGCGGUGGCAUAAGAAGCUUCCGCAUGAGUACAUAACAGUAGAUGAAUUGGGCUUCCAUCGUCGUCGGAGGCCUCCAGAAAUUUACACAAGAAGCAAUAUUUGCCUCUACAACGUUUCAGAACCUUGCUUGCCAUUUUCUGCCCUCAAAACGGAAUAUAGACGACGUUUUGACGAUCCACCGUGUCCUCCACCGCCAAGAUCUCCCCUUUUACGACGCCCUACAUCCCUCAAAGUCAGCGAAGCGAAGUCGAUGGAGACUGAGUCUGAACACAGAGGGAAGUUCAGACUAUUUUUGGAAGAAGAGCUCAGUAACUGCCGACAGAGUGCCUAUAAAUUUCCUGAAAACCUCAAGCUUUCUGGAGAAGUGGAAUAUCGUCCAGAAUAUUCUACAUCAUACGUGCCCUAUUCUAUGCUCGAAGUGAAACGAAUUAUACAGGAUCGACCACUUCAAGAGAUUACAAAUCGUCAGUGUUUUCCUAUGUCGAAUGUACCAUCUGAGGGUGAUAAAAUGUACAAUCCCGAAUAUAGGAGUCAGUUUGUAGAGUUCCCCGGCAUCGAGAAGAGUCAUUCAAUACCUCAAAUGAACAACAUUCGUCUACAAGGUGAUUUCCAGGGCAUUCCAGAGUACGCUGAAAAAUUCAAGAGCUAUGAAAGUGUCUCUCGAAGCACUCCUAUUAGGAAACCAGAUAAUUUAAGUCUUAGAGGAGAGAUUGAGGUUCGUCCGGAGUAUCGAGAAAAAUUUAGGGAACAUGAGAGAUCCGCUUUGGAGCGAUGUCAAUUGAUGAGGAAAGAUGAUCAUCUGAAAAUGGGUGGAGAUUUUUCUAAGAGACCUCCAGAAUAUUUUGAAAGCUUCAAGGAUCACAACAUCACAGCCCCACCGCAGAGAGCCAAACCCAGGGAACCUUUCUUAAAUCUUAAAGGAACAACGGAAUUCAAUCCAGAAUACAGAUGCAGAUUUCUCGAUUUUCCUCGCUCACGUCCUGUAACUAGGAAACCUGACUCUCAUUUUCGACUCUCCGCCAUGCCGGAUGGAACUUAUAUAAAGAGAUUUACUAAGAAUCCUGGUCCUGCUCCAAAUAUUCAUUCUCCACCCGAAAACCUUCCGUUUGAAGCUCUUCCAGAGUAUCGUAAAGCGAAGACAGAUUAUAUAAUUAAAGAAAGAACACCUUCGCGUGAUCGUAUUCCAUCUGCAGUUGUACCAAGAAAAGAUAUCAAUGAUAAUUCUGAACGUAGGAGAAGACCAUCAAUUGCCCCGAAAGAUGUUCCAUCUUCACCAACUUUUCGAUUGAUGGUGGAAAAUGUUGAUGAUCCAGCACCUGCGAGGUUUCGAUCACCAAAAUUUGGUAGACGAGCUGCUGGAUCGGGUGUAGAAAUUGAUGAGAAUUCCACAAGAAUCCGUGAAAGAGUCAGUGUGGUGGAAGGAAAUUCAAAGUACACAGCAAAGGGAAAGGAUGCCAAUGGUAAUGCUUUUGUGGUAUUGAAACAACCUCAGAAGCACAGUGAAUGGAUGAAGCCCAAAUGGUACGAAGAUGCUUCCUAAGAGGAUAUCUUCCUAAAAGCAUUUGUAGAAUAUUUUAGAAAAAUAAACCCGUAGAGCCAAUAAAAGUUUUUAGUUAGCAAUAUAAUU